AACAUAUGCAUCCAUUUAAGAACGUGCCCAAAAGCAAAAACAUCUGCGGGAGAUGUGUUUCAGAUGCAGCUUCAUCUUACAUAGUAAUAUAAGACAUAGCUUAUCGUAAGCUUGGACAAAAUAAAGGUCUCCGACGCUUCUUUCUGGGUGUUACAAACAUCGUGACAAACUUAAUAUACCCUGUUCAGGGUAUAAAAAUGCAUUGAGAUGUCAAUUUCGUUGCAACUCUUGAUCAUGAGUCCCCAAAGUAACAACGAAAAAAAGCACGCGAUUUUUCGACAGUGAUCUUAACAGCUACAUAUCAAAGUCUGCAAAGAAUGUGGAUAAAGUUUACGCGCACACUUCUGAAAGUCACGUCGGGUUGGGAGCACAACGUUCGUCUGCCAGAACUCAACAAUGUCAUCACGUCACAAUCUCAACGUUGAGACUUUGGUGAUUUUUUACUGAUGUUGAUAAUGACCAUCUAUAUAGCCAUGCUUGUUGUUGCUUGAGACUCUUGUUUUGUUUGGCGAAUCACAGCAACAAAGUCAUUUCAUUCACCUCCCUUUGGGUUUAUUUUGCGAAGAAAAGGUUCGAGCAGCUUUGGUGUGCAAGUACGCGGUGGUUUUCACACGUAGUGCUCAGCAUGGGAUCAGCUACCCGCAAGACUUCACUUGACAUGAUGAAAUUGAGAAUCGCCGCGUAUGUCUAAGAGUUCUAUAAGCGCAAUCCGAUUUCCCUAAAAAAUGUUAAAAAAGAAAAGUCUCAACGAUGAAGAAAUUAACAAUCAAAAUUCAAGAAACAGGAGGAAAACGUCAUUAAGUUUACCGUAUGAACCAGUGGCAAAAUGGGAAGGAAAGAUAUAUAAACUCGUGGACGGUACAAACUUCGAUCAAUAUAUGGCGGCUCUCGGUGUUGGUCCUGUUUUGCGCAAAAUUGGAAACUCUGUACGACCGGUUAUAGCAUUACGUAAGAAUGGCAUAUAUUACUCACUCAUAACGGCUUCUGACUUUACCACGACCAUACAACGCUUUGAACUGUGUGUACCCUUCGAUGAGUUCACUUUGGACGGACGUCAAAUGCGGACCACCUUCUCGCUGUACAACAACGUAUUGAUUCAGCAUCAAAUGGGCAAUAUUCCCUCAACUAUAGUACGGGAGUUCCACGAGGACAAAAUGAUCGCCAAAUAUAUGGUGAAAGAUGUUGAGGCUGUGCGUGUGUUCCAAGCAGCAGAUGAGGAAAUGUGUAGACUGAUUUGGGAGGCCAAUGUCGCUAAAAGAUAUCAAAUAUAGAUAGGUAUAUUAAAUAGACUGCGUGUUCAUGGAGUGUAGGAAGUCGCAGAUACUGAAGACCAUCAAAUCCCAUUUUAUAAAUAUUUUGAAAAUGCACAAACGACAACAAUAUUAAUGUUCAUCGAUGUUUUGUGUGAAUGUGUUUUAGCAAGCAUUGGUAUAUGGUCCAGUUAUAUUUCUAUAACCACUAAAAUUGAUUACAGAUCAACAAAUCAAAAUGUUAGCCAUUAAAUAUAAAAUGACGAUUUUCGACUCAAAUCAAAAUUUUCGAGAUCGAGUUUAGCUGUUAUGACUUGUGGUUACAGAUUUAUCGCAGAGUAAUGCAUGCACACAUGUUUCACAUUGCAAUUUACCGUAAGUUAUUGUCAACAUUGUAAUGCAUUAGUAGUAAUAGUUUUGGCACUUCCAAAUUCAUGUAAAUAAAUUCAUA